CUCUACGUUACCUCUGAGUCUCUCCCUCUCCCGCACUCUCCACACACACUCCUACUCACGCACAUUCGCCCACCCUAGACCAUCUGUCCUUUGACACUCACCUGACGCCCAACACAUCAACAUCAACCAACAAUGAGAGAAGUUCUUUCCCUUCACGUCGGACAGGCCGGUGUUCAGCUCGGUAACGCCUGCUGGGAGCUGUACCUCGCAGAGCACGGCCUCUCUCCCGAUGGACGAGUCAUGGAGGGCGGCCCAGCCGCCAACGAGGAUGGCUUCUCCACCUUCUUCUCCGAGACUGGCAACGGCAAGUUCGUGCCUCGAUCCGUCUACGUAGACUUGGAGGAGAACGUCAUCGGCGCCGUCCGAAACGGUCCCUACCGAUCCCUCUUCCACCCUGAGACUCUCGUCACUGGAAAGGAGGACGCUGCCAACAACUACGCUCGUGGUCACUACACCGUAGGAAAGGAGCUCAUCGACCAGACCCUCGACCGAGUUCGCAAGCUCGCCGACGCCUGCUCUGGUCUGCAGGGAUUCUUCGUCUUCCACUCCUUUGGUGGUGGAACAGGUUCCGGUUUCGGAUCCCUCCUCCUCGAGCGUCUUGCCCAGGACUACGGCAAGAAGGCCAAGCUGGAAUUCUCCGUCUACCCUGCCCCCAUGAUGAGCUCGUCGGUCGUUGAGCCCUACAACUCCGUCCUCACCACCCACACCACCCUGGAGAACUCCGACUGCUCCUUCAUGGUCGACAACGAGGCCAUCUACGACAUCUGCAAGAAGAACCUCGGUAUUCAGAGCCCCGGUUACUCCAACCUGAACCGACUCAUCGCUCAGGUCGUGUCCUCCGUCACCGCUUCGUUGCGAUUCGACGGUUCUCUCAACGUCGACCUGAACGAGUUCCAGACCAACCUGGUGCCCUUCCCCCGAAUCCACUUCCCCUUGGUCUGCCUUGCCCCCAUCAUCUCGGCCGAGAAGGCCUUCCACGAGCAGAACUCCGUAGCGGAGAUGACCUUCUCCACCUUUGAGAAGGGCAACCAGAUGGUCAAGUGUGACCCUCGAGACGGAAAGUUCAUGGCCUGCUGUCUGCUGUACCGAGGUGACGUCGUACCAAAGGACGUCAACUCGGCCGUCGCUGCCAUCAAGACUAAGAGGACCAUCCAGUUCGUCGACUGGUGCCCUACCGGAUUCAAGAUUGGUAUCUGCAAUGAGGCACCCGCCACUGUCCCCGGAGGUGACCUUGCCAAGGUCAGCCGCUCCCUGUGCAUGUUGGCCAACACGACUGCCAUUGCCACUGCUUGGUCUCGUCUGGACACCAAGUUCGACCUGAUGUACCAGAAGCGUGCCUUUGUUCACUGGUACGUCGGAGAGGGUAUGGAGGAGGGAGAGUUCUCAGAGGCUCGAGAGGACCUUGCUGCCCUCGAGAAGGACUACGAGGAGGUCGGACAGGACACUGCUGGCGAUGGUGACGAGCUCGUAGAGGAGGAGUACUAAGCGCGUCCGAAUGGAGCAAAGAGAGUCUAAGUUCACUCGAGCUCUUCUCCGCUGCUUGCGCCUCCCCGUGUUUUCUCUUGUCCAACUUCUAGUCUGUUUCGCAUGACUCUGUCGC